AUGAAGAAGCCUCAUGUCUUUAAGCAUCCCACCAUCAAGUCCGCUUCGACACAGCGCUAUCGUCAUCGAGAUAGCAUGGCAAGAGUCUAUCGUCGUCCAGCAGCAGAGCGUUAUCUCAACUCCCUUGACGGGAAGCUUUCGAAACUUCUUGUCCAAACAGUCGACGAAAUAUACAAUGGACACACUACCCAGCACUCUUGGAGGCGAACCUACAUCCGCAAAGUUGGACCUGUUAUGCUUCGAGCUGCUUAUUGGCCGUUCAAGCGCGCUCCCAGCGACUCCGACGAUAUGACGGGCGAUGACAAGUUGGCGAUUGCGAUCAGAUGGCUUCCAGCUUGUUUCGCUCUCUUCUUUGUUCUGCCUUGGCCUAAACCGCAUGGACCCUAUACUGAUGGCUACAAGUACCAUCCCUUUCCGUAUAAGUAUUGGGGAACAUGCAAGGUUGCCCGUAACCCCAAGGAAGAUACGAAGAUGUCGCGGGCGCUGCAUUGGAGCGUUUCAAGCGAUGAUCCUCAAGGUGAGAGGAUCUUGCGUCCGAGAUAUCUCAUGUUCUUGAACAGUCCUGGCAAAGAAGGUAUACACGGAUCGUCUUGCAUGAAAGACGAAGAAUGGAAUGCAGUCCAGGUUGAUGAGAGCAAGAAGAACUUGCCUUAUGUCUUCAUCGCUUACACCGUUGCACAUUUUAACGAUAAAGACCUCGAUACUCUGCAUGACAUCGCCGAGUUCGCUACUCGCCGUGCUGGCUUGUCUGCUUACUGGGUCGGGUGCAGCUGUAUGCCCGAAGACGACAACAUCGAGGAAGAUGUCUAUCGAAUCAACGAUGUUAUUCGCGGCGCUCACUCCUUAGUCAUUGCCGUCGGCAAUAGAAAGGGCGACUCCAGACCGACGGACACAAGCACGCUUCUUCACGAGUGGGGAAGCCGUAUGUGGACAUUCCCAGAAGCACUUCUGAGUCCAAAUGACAAGAACGUUGAAGUUUACACUCGGGGACAUGAUCUCAAUCGACCACUGAUCAUUGCCAAGAAGGAUCUUCCCGGGUGGGCAUGGGAUGACGCCGAUACAUCGAGACAGAUCAUGGAUCACUUCACCGGAUCAUUGAUGCUAAGUCGAAUCGAGCUUGUCAAGCUCGGUAUCAAGUGCCUGCAUGCUCGCAAGACGACGGCCUAUCUCCAAGGUGAUAUGGUGUAUGCGUUGAUGGGUCUUCUACGUCGUCGUCCUAUGGUUGACAGGACCGACUCUGAGUUCCAGGCUUUCGCUAGAUUGAGUCUUGCAAAUGACAGUGAUUGUCUUUUGGAGAGACUCAUUUGCGUUGCUCCGAAGAAGUAUGAUGAGAAGUGGUUGGCGGCAAAAGAUGCAUGGGACGUGAACUUGUGGGAUAUCUAUCCUUCAUGCCAAGUUGCUGGUGUGGGAGAGACCGAUACCGUUAUCUUAGACGGUUGCCGCUCAGCCGCGAUCCACUGGGACGGCUUUCAACCUGUCGAGGCUGAUCGAAAUCUUUCGUGGAAGAGGCUCUUCGCGCGAACGAUUGUUCGUUCUUCAUCUAUCCUGAUCGUCGUUGGCGCCUACCUCCUCUUACCAGGCUCAAGCGUCGGCUAUCCGCUUCGCAAACGUGGCUCCGACCCUUACUCCGAUGACCCAUACUCUUCCAAUUCCUACGACUAUUCCUCCGGACCUACUGGCCCCUCACCCACCGCCGUCGCAGGUGGAUUCCUCCUCCUCAUCGGCCUCAUAACCUGGCUCGCAUCCCCCUAUCUCGUGAAAAUCAUGUACGGCGGCAAAUUCUGGGACCAACAAGCUUGGCUCUUCGGCUUCGAAGGCCACCUCGACAUCGGCACCAUCGAAUCCCUGAUCUUCGGCUACAACAUGGGUCGUCUAUCUUGGUCGCCAUCUGGUUCUCCUCUAUCCCGCCAUUCUACGAAUAAAUACAAUGAAUGGGUAGGAAGGGAUCCUACCGAGGAUCCUGAUGUGGAGAGGAUGGUGGAGAGGGCGAGGACGGCGAAGUUGGGGGAGAUGAGGGUUUUUACUAUUGUGGAUACUUUUACGAUGACGGUUACGUUGAUUGAGGCUGUUAGACCUCCGGUUAUGGUGCUGCUUUGUGCGAGUGAGGGCGGUAUGCAGAGAGCGGUUGCGUGUAGUUAUGAGUGGAGGACUGGGACGCUUUAUAAGGAGGCUGUGAUGAGGAUGGAGACGCAGGUCAUUGGUAGGAUGGAGAGGAUUGGGAGGGUCAGCUUUGGGUUCUUUAGGCCGAAGACUAGUGGGCUUGAUUAUGAGGUUUGA